ACAAACGCGUCGACUCGCGCCUCGGCAAAGGCCAUUUCCGAGUCCCCGCUCUGCUCAUCGCGAUCCCAGAUAUCUCAUCCUGGAUUCGCCCUCCCCUCCCCUCUGCUUUACCCCGCUCGGCCUUGUUCUCGCACUCUUCAUCGGUCUCUUUGUCUUCAAACACAGUCUAUCCCUCUCGUCGCAGGAUUCUGGUAGUGUCGAUCGUAGCAUGUCAUCUAAAGCAAGAGCCAAGGAGAACAAGGAGAUGGACGCCCUCACCGCGCAAUUCUCUGCCGUAACUGGCGCGUCGAGCAAGGAUGCCCGAAGAUACCUCACCAAGUACAGACGACUAGAUCAGGCUCUGGACGCGUACUACAACGACCCCCACGCAGGCAAGCCCGUGGCAUCGACGAGCAAGCUCAAUGCGCUCUUCGACAAGUACAAGGAUGAUGACGGGGAUGACAUCACCGUCGACGGCACGAUCAAGCUCUGCGAGGACCUGGCGGUGAACCCCGAGGACGUCGUCCUCCUCGCCGUCGCGUACGAGCUCAAGUCGCCCGCGAUGGGCCAGUGGCAGCGCAAGGGCUGGACAGAUGGCUGGAAGCAGCUCGGGGUGGACACGAUCGACGGCUUCAAGACGACGCUGGCAACGCUCCGGCAGCAGCUCGCGACGGACACGGGCUACUUCCGGAACGUGUACAACUACACGUUCGAGUUCUCGCGCCCGCCGGGGCAGCGCUCGCUCGGGCUGGACAUGGCGCAGGGCUUCUGGGCGCUGCUCAUCCCGCACGGGCUCGCGGGCGGCGCGCUCUCGCACAUCGCGGCCGUGCCUGCGGGGCAGGACGAGGACGGGGACGAGAUCAUGGACGGCACCGCGGAGAGGAGCGCGGCCGCGGGCGCAGGGGACGAGGAGGGCUGGGGCGAGAAGCACACGCAGUGGUGGUUCGAGUUCCUGGAGUCGAGCGGGGUGAAGGGCGUGAGCAAGGACGUGUGGCAGAUGUUCUUGGAGUUUGUGCGGACGAUCGACGCGAACUUCGAGAAGUACGAUGUUGAGGGAUCAUGGCCGUCGACGAUCGACGACUUUGUCGAGUACGCGAAGGAGCGUAUUGCCCGUGGAGAGUAGCGACUCGCGACACUCACCAACGACAAUCAUGUUGUCUUACUGCGCGCUCGCGUGUGAUCGGGACGGAACGAAUGGUAGGGAAGAAGCUGAUCUUGUUGUACAAUGCGCAGGGUGUAUGCGUGUACGAGCUCAUGAAAUAUGUAUCUUACGCGCGCCUUAGGAGGGCAGUGUAUCGCACCUCAUCACUUUUCCUUCACGUCUCUUGCUGUAUCACAAUUGUUUUCAAGCUAGGUUUUCUGUCUGGGUUGGACGGUGGGGUUGGACGGGGUGUUUCUGGAAGUUGGUGCGAUGGAUGUCAAGUCGCAUGCACUAUGGUGCGCCUGAGCAAGGGAGAUUAUCGUCUUUCGGGAUGCCACGGUCUCCAUGUAAACCGUCUCUGUCGGCCCUCGGAAGGGGGCAGGGGAGGAUGAGAGGUCUUCGAACCCUGGGUCGUUACUAGUACGACCCAUUCCACCCCCCGGGACACGUCGUCAGCACAAGUCAAUAACGAUGGCAUCAGCUCUCAUUUCCAAGCUCAAAUCUGCCUCAAACAAGCCUUCUGCUCGCAUUUCCGUUCUGGCCAGGAAGGCGAAGGCGAAGGCGGCGCCCUGCCUUCCUCGAGGCUCGACCGUCGUUGCGGGGAUCAAGGUGACCGUUGCGGUGGCGGCGACGCUGGGGCUGUCGGUGCCGUAUAUGCAGGGAAUCUCGGAAGCUGCGUCCAAGGUGAUGGAGCACGCCGCUGCGGUCAAGAGCAACCGGAAAGAGUGCAAGAAGAUCUCAGCGCUCACCGAGGAGGUCGCUAGCGGACUGCUCUCUGCUACGAAAGACGUUGAGGAGGAGGACUUGGACGAGAUCACCAGACUGAACUUGGCCGAGCUUGAGUGGAGAAUGCAAACGAUCGGUGAUAUCAUGUCUCGGAUGCGCGGGGAAAGUUUUGUACGCCGUCUCCUCGCGAAGGAUGAACACGCCACGAGCCUGGCCGACCACCGACGGGCGCUCCAGGAUGCCAUCUCCAAGUUCCAGAUCAUGCAGCUCACGCGCCUGGACACACGCAUCUUGCGUCUCGAGAAGAAACAAGACUUGAUGCUCGUUGCUCUGGGAGCGUCUUCUACAGUCGGAGGCGGCUUGUCCUCUCCGAGUCCGCUCCUGCCGCGGUUGGGGGUUAGAAGAAAGAUCCGAUCUGGAUGGCUGUUCGUGGCAAGGUUCUUCGGCGCGUUCGGAGCUUCGAAGAAACCUACUCUGUUCUUCACGCGCAGCACGUACUUUUCCCGCGAUAGCUUAGGAUAGCGGGAAUACGCGGACGAGGACAGUUGGGUUUCGGAUAUACCAACAUGCUCAUACUAGU